AUGGUCAUGGAUAUUUGGAGGAAGUGGAAGACGUGUGAGAACAAGGACGAGUUUGCUGACAAACGAAACGCCCACAACGUUCGUUCUUCGGCCGUUAGGACUGACGAGUUCGUCGCCGUCGUCAAGGAGACACUUGACAAUGAUAGAAGCCAGAGCUACAUCAAGAUCGCCGCUGACAUAGGUUGUCACAAGCCAAAGAUCUGUCGAAAGAUCAAGGAGGACAUUGGUUACUCAACCUACUGCAAGUCUCACCGCAUGUUCAUCACGAAUGCCUCCAAGGAGUCGAGGAAGCGGUCAAGCCGAAAAGCUCGAAGUCCGAGAACUGCUUGGCGACUCCCUGCGCGCAAUCCGAUUGUCCCCGUGCGCGAUCGCCGUCGUCAGUAUGUGGCGGUCGUCUACGAUGCUGUCAGUUACGUCGCGUUUGUAAGCGGUCAUGAUGAAAAGCUCAAAGUCCGAGGACUGCGUGGCGACACUCUGGGCGCAAUCCGACUGUCCUCAUGCGCGAAGGCUUUCCUCGGUGGGUGUCAGUCGUCUACGAGGCCGUCAGUAGAUGCAGCUACAUGGGCCGUAUAG